UCUGCGUUCUCUUCGAAGUCAUUAUUGAAAAAUAUUUCAAAGAGUUGAAAUCAAAAAGAUUGAACGAAGUGUUGUUAUAAACAAGUCGUUAUUUAAACAAAAAAGAAAAACAAAGUCUAACAAAAGUUUCAAAGUUAAAACUAAAAAGUGAUAAAAUAGUUUACCUAACUGAAAAGUAAUAUUCAAAGUAAAAAGUUUAAUAUUAUCAAUUUGAACGUGAUAACAGAUAAAUCUAUAGAAAAAAACAAAAACAAGAUGCCAGCAAUCGGAAUUGAUUUGGGAACAACCUACUCCUGUGUUGGAGUCUUCCAACAUGGCAAGGUAGAAAUUAUUGCCAACGACCAAGGCAACCGCACAACACCCAGCUAUGUGGCAUUCACAGACUCUGAGCGUCUGAUAGGUGAUGCCGCCAAGAACCAGGUUGCCAUGAAUCCCAAAAACACAGUGUUUGAUGCAAAGAGGUUGAUUGGACGCAAAUAUGAUGACCCGAAAAUUCGAGAGGACAUGAAGCACUGGCCAUUCAAAGUAGUAAGCGAUAAUGGCAAACCCAAGAUCGGAGUUGAAUUCAAAGGAGAACACAAAAGAUUUGCUCCUGAGGAGAUAAGCUCGAUGGUCUUGACGAAGAUGAAGGAAACAGCCGAAGCCUACUUGGGUGAGACAGUGAGAGACGCAGUAAUCACAGUUCCAGCAUAUUUCAAUGACUCGCAGCGCCAAGCCACCAAAGACGCUGGAGCCAUAGCUGGACUCAAUGUUCUGAGAAUCAUCAAUGAGCCAACUGCAGCAGCAUUAGCCUAUGGACUGGACAAAAAUCUAUCUGGUGAACGAAAUGUCCUAAUAUUCGACUUGGGUGGUGGUACCUUUGAUGUUUCCAUAUUAACAAUCGAUGAAGGUUCACUAUUCGAAGUGAGGGCAACGGCUGGCGACACACACUUGGGAGGUGAGGACUUCGACAACCGUUUGGUCACUCAUCUGGCAGAGGAGUUCAAGCGCAAAUACAAGAAAGACCUACGUUCCAAUCCACGAGCUCUUCGACGUUUGAGAACAGCAGCUGAAAGAGCCAAACGAACAUUGUCAUCGAGCACGGAGGCUACCAUCGAAAUCGAUGCCUUGUUUGAGGGAGUUGACUUUUACACCAGAGUGACAAGGGCUCGCUUCGAGGAGCUUUGCGCUGAUCUCUUCCGUGCAACACUAGAACCAGUUGAGAAGGCAUUGAAUGACGCAAAAAUGGACAAAAAGCAGAUCCAUGACAUCGUCCUUGUAGGUGGUUCAACGAGAAUUCCUAAAGUACAGAACCUUCUACAGUCGUUCUUCUGCGGCAAAUCAUUGAAUCUGUCCAUCAAUCCAGAUGAAGCAGUUGCCUAUGGAGCAGCCGUCCAAGCAGCCAUUCUUAGCGGUGACAAGAGUAGUCAAAUCCAAGAUGUUCUUCUCGUUGAUGUAGCACCAUUGUCACUUGGUAUCGAAACAGCUGGAGGAGUUAUGGCAAAGAUUAUUGAACGAAACUGCAGGAUUCCCUGCAAGCAGACUCAAACAUUCUCCACAUAUGCCGACAACCAGCCAGGUGUUACCAUCAAAGUAUUUGAAGGUGAGCGUGUUAUGACGAAAGAUAACAACAUACUGGGCACAUUCGAUCUCUCGGGCAUUCCGCCAGCACCUAGAGGUACACCACAGAUCGAAGUCACAUUCGACAUGGAUGCAAACGGAAUCUUGAACGUGUCGGCCAAGGAAACCGGAACAGGCAAUACCAAGAAUAUAACUAUCAAGAACGACAAGGGUCGCCUGUCUCAAGCCGAAAUCGACAGAAUGGUCAACGAGGCCGAAAGGUUCCAAGAGGAAGACGAAAAACAACGACAGAAGAUCGCAGCUCGCAACACUCUUGAAAGUUAUGUGUUUGGACUGAAGCAAGCCUUGGACCAAGCUGGAGACAAAAUAAGUCGGCAAGAAAAGCAAACUGCCCGAGAUGCUUGUGAGGAGACCAUCAAAUGGUUGGAUGCCAAUACACUAGCCGACAAAGAAGAAUACGAAGACAAAAUGAAGAGCAUAUCGAGUAUCUGCAGUCCAAUUAUGACAAAGAUACACAGCGGAGGAGCAAGUGGUCCACAAGGUUGUGGUCAGCAAUCUGGAGGCUUUGGUGGUCACACUGGACCCACAGUCGAAGAAGUAGAUUAAUUCAAAAAAUCCUAGUCUAGUAAAAAAACUUAGAUUAAUUAAAAAAUAAGUAGACUGAUAAAUAACAUUUCCAUUGUACAAAAA